CCUUUCUGCAAUGCAAUUGGAUAUUUCUACGGUCAUACAUGAGGGCAGCAACAUCAACUCCACGCACAACAUGGCUAUAACCGCUGAUCACAUCCGGGAUAAACUUAUUAAGGAGCUCUCGGCAGUGCAUGUGGAUGUGGAGGAUACAUCACCCAACAGAUGUGCUGCCAGCUUAAAAGUCCUGGUGGUGUCUCCGCAGUUUGAGGGCAAACCACUGUUACAGAGACACAGGAUGGUGAAUACGUGCCUCGCUGAGGAGCUGAAAGAGAUCCAUGCUUUUGAACAGAAGACCCUCACACCAGAACAGUGGGAGAAACAGAAAUCACAAUGACACACAAACACACACACAUUAUAUCACACACGUGUCAGUUUAUAACUUCCACUUUAAAACAGGCCUUAUACUUAUCUGAUAUGUAGAAAGACAACAAGUGCUCUACUUAAUUUCCUGUAAAUCAGCAAUAUUGACAUAAAUGCGAUGGAAUGUUCUGCUGGCAAUAAAACACUUUGAUGCUGUA